AUGAUGAAUAUGGAACGUGAUUUUUAUAUGUCCAAAGGGGAAGGAGAAAGUAGCUACUCCAAGAAUUCAAGGCGACCAGUGAUUGUUAUUGCAGAGACAAUGCCGGUCAUUGAGAAGUCUGUAAAAGAAGUGUACACGGCUCUUCUCCCCCAAACUAUGGUUGUCGCCGAUCUCGGCUGUUCCUCAGGACCAAACGCGUUGAUCUUCGUCUCGAAUGUGAUCAACGCCAUAGCUGACCAUAGUAGUAAGCUCGGUGGCCAGGGUGAUCAUGUGGAGGUUCAGUUCUUCCUGAAUGACCUGCCAGGAAACGACUUCAACCAGCUCUUCCGGUCACUCGAACAGUUCAAGAGGUCAGCUGAAAUGGAUCGGAAUGGAGAUACACUACCUCCGUACUACGUUUCCGGGCUGCCAGACUCGUACUACGUCAGGCUUUUUCCUCGUCAAAGUGUUCAUCUCUUCCACUCCUCCUACUGCCUACAUUGGCGCUCUCAGGUGCCGGAGGGUCUUGAGGGCAAACGAGAAGUGUACCUAAAUGGAGAGAACAUGUACAUCGCCAAAAAUACCCCACCGUCGGUGGUGAAGCUAUUCCAAGAGCAGUUCAGGAAGGAUUUCUCUCUGUUCCUGAGGCUUCGCCACGAAGAACUUGCGUUCGGCGGGCAAGUGGUGCUAACAUUUCUUGGAAGGAAGGACGAGGAUGUCUAUAGCGGAGAUCUCAACCAUCUCUUUGGCUUGCUUUCGCAGUCUCUACAGUCUCUUGUCGUGGAGGGCCUUGUGAAGGAGGAGAAAGUAAGCUCCUUCAAUUUACCGGCCUACGGGCCGUCGGUCGGCGAAGUGAUGGCAUCGGUGAAGGAAAGCGGCGCCUUCGACAUAGCUCACAUCAAGCUGUUCGAGCAGAACUGGGACCCCUACGACGACUCGGAAGGGGACGGCGUGCUCGACAGCGCCCGCAGCAGCGUCAACGCUGCCAAGUGCAUCAGAUCGGUUAUGGAGUCCCUAGUCGCGAGCCAUUUCGGAGAAGACAUACUCGACGCGCUGUUUGAGGAGUACACGUGUCGCGUCGCCGGGCACCUCGAGAAGGAGAAGACCAAGUUCACCGUCGUCGUCCUUGCCUUGAAGAAAAUAUAG